AUGAGCGCAUCGCUGGCUGCCGGGCUGUCCUUCUCCGUGGCCACAAUGGCCAAGUCUGCCAAGAUGGUGCCGGUGAUGUUGGGCUCGCUGCUGCUGGGGAAGCUGACCUUUAGCCCAAGGCAGAUCCUUCAAGCGGCGGCCAUUGUAAUGGGUACAGGACUCGUCUCUUUUGCAGAGGGACGGAACAAGAAGAGUGGUGAAAGCACAAAGCUGGGCUUGCUCUUCAUUGCGAGUGCCCUUUUCUUUGACGGCCUCAUUACCGGCGUUCAAGAAAGACUGAAGGUCCAAUGCAAGAGUGAAAACAAGAAGGUCCGGCAAUACGACCUGAUGUUCUGGAGCAAUCUCUACAUGGCAGGGGCGUCGCUGGCCUUCGCAGCCCGGCGGGAGCUGCGGGAGGGCUCCAGCUUCUUGCUGCAGAACCCCUUGCUGGCGAGGAAGAUCUUCAACCUCUGCCUUUGUGGCGCUUUGGGGCAGGCCUGCAUUUUCCACACCAUCGCGCACAUUGAUGGGGUGGUUUGCUCAGCCAUCACUACCACGCGGAAGCUCCUGUCGGUGCUGAUCUCUGUGGCGGAAGGCGAUGGCUUGCCGCUCUGGGGCUGGCUGGGCGUGGCUGUCUCCACUCUGGGCAUUGGAGGCGAAAUCGUCGCGCACAGGAGGAGCUAG